GUCUCUCUCUCGCUCGCUCGCUCGCUCGCUCUCUUUCAGUAUUGAUCUGUCUGUCUAUCGGAAGUCUCUUCUCUUAGAGUCUCAGCUGCAGCUAAUAGUUUUUUAUGGGACUCUUUCAGAUAAGAGCUAUUAUAGUUUAGCCUCACUGACAGAAACCAAACACACCCAAAAUAUCAAAGAAUUUUCUUUGCUUUCAUUGAGUCAUGCACAUUUUACUAUAAAGUGCACGGCCAUUAAGACACCAAGCGACUAACAUUAAGAUGACAAUCACGCUUAGGUUCUUCAGUGGAGCUUACGGUGCACUAAUGAUGCGAAUAUAAAAUGUGAAUUAUGUUUCUCUAUGCAGGCUAUGAUGUGAUGCAAACACUCACACAGACGUUAACACACUGUGUGAUUACACUGAUGUCACAGUCUGCGUGAUCUAGAACUUGACAGGAAACACUUUUUAUUCUCUAUACUUUGUAGUCUUUGUCCUUCUCCCCAUUUGUCACAUUCUUCUUUUGUAAUGAACUGAGCGAACAACAACAACAACGCUGUCGUUUCUUUGGUCCAAAGAUGAAGGGAUCAGUAGAUGGAGAUAAACAAGGAAGUGUAACGGAAAAGGGAGGACCUGUUUGCAAUUUAUUUGAAAGAGACACUUGGAGAGACCUAAAGAGAACCUAAAACCUGUUCAAUUGGGAGUUGAACUAAUAGACGAGUGGAAAAUGGAACUCGUCCCCAAAACUAAAUACACCCCCUUCAGGAGUGACUCAUUCAGUUCUACAGAUGAGACAGCCUCUAAUCCUUCUCUCCCUUCCUCAGCUCCCCUUACCCCUCUUACUCCUCCGAGUAUUGCUUCAUCUCUGUCUUCCUCGUCGCUCGCCCCUAUCCUGCCUCCGACGUCCCCUCGACCAGCUGAGAACAGCCCCACUACAUUGUGCUCCUUCUUUCCCAGGAUGGGCUCCCUGCGCCUGGGCAUGUCUGCCACCCUUCUCCCAGGCCUGAAGGCGUCCAGCAGGCCCCAGGAGACACCCAGCACCUCCUCCUCUUCCUCCGCUUCUACUCCUCCUCCUCCUCCUCCUCCUACUACUACUACUACUACUACUACUCUCCUUCCUCUAAUGGCUCCCUCUCCUCCUCCUCGUCCCCCACAGGACAUGAACCGGCUGGGUGGCGCGUCGCGGAGGGCCCGUGUGGAAGGGGGCCAGCUCGGGGGCGACGAGUGGACGCGCCAUGGCUCCUUCGUCAACAAGCCCACGCGAGGAUGGCUGCACUCGGACACCGUGGUCAGCACCACUGGCGUCAGCUACACCGUGAGGUACAUGGGUUGUGUCGAGGUGCUGCAGUCAAUGAGGGCGCUGGACUUCAACACCAGAACUCAGGUUACCAGGGAGGCAAUCUCAGUGGUGUGUGAGGCGGUACCAGGUGCCAAAGGAGCUCAACGCAGGAGGAAGCCUACAUCUCGGAGUCUGAGCUCUAUCCUAGGAAAGAGUAACCUCCGGUUUGCUGGAAUGACAAUCAAUCUCACCGUGUCAACGAACAGCUUAAAUCUACUGACAACCGACUGCAAACAGAUUAUCGCCAACCAUCACAUGCAGUCCAUCUCUUUUGCAUCGGGAGGAGAUCCAGAUACAGCAGAAUAUGUAGCCUAUGUAGCCAAAGACCCAGUCAACCAGAGAGCGUGUCACAUUUUGGAAUGUUCUGAAGGCUUGGCCCAGGAAGUGAUCAGCACCAUUGGACAGGCCUUUGAGCUACGUUUCAAGCAGUAUCUGAAGAACCCCCCUAAACUUGUCACCCCACACGACAGGAUGGCUCCUUUCGAUGGCUCAGCAUGGGAGGAGGAAGAAGAGGACUUUGCUCCUCCCGCAGAGGUUCCGUACUAUAAUAACUUUCCCGGGAAACAGCCACCCCCAGGAGGCCUGGUGGACAUGAGAACUCGUCCUGGACACAGCACAGGGGCCACACUACCCUAUGGCCAGCCUGGAAUAAACGACAUUCAUAAGCAACCUCUGCCUCCACUACCAGUGGGAGCAAAAGAAGGUGGCCUGUUUGAUGACCCCUCAUAUGUCAAUGUGGAUAAAUCCCGUCCCCAAGUGGCUGCAGCUAAUGGCAGCGCUCACAGAGAUGCGUUCGACAUGAAGCCAUUUGAUGAUGCCCUCAGCGUGUCAGGCACAGUGCCCCCUCUGGCUCAGCAGCUACAGAGUGAGCCUUGGUUUCAUGGUCCCCUGAGCCGCAAGAAGGCCGAGAAGCUACUGAGCAAAGACGGUGACUUUCUGGUGCGUGAGUCGGGUACCACGCCGGGCCAGUACGUGCUCACAGGACAGCAGGGAGGCCAGCCCAAACACCUGCUGCUGGUGGACCCGGAGGGAGUGGUUCGUACCAAAGACCAUCGCUUUGAAAGCGUCAGUCACCUGAUCAGUUAUCACAUGGACAACCGGCUGCCAAUCGUAUCUGCCGGAAGUGAGGUGUGCCUGCAGCAGCCGGUGGAACGCAGAGCCUAAGUGUCACACACACUGUUUUUCUUCCGCCAUGGUGUCUCCUUCCUUUUCAAACUCUUGUAAUUAGACUUUUCCAGAAGAAAGAAUAGAGAGAUCGUUUCACUUUUUUUUGCAGCGAGGAUGAGCAACAAACAAGUACCAAAAGUCAGCUCUCUACUUUGUCAAUCCAUUAAUGAAGCUUGGAAGUGAUGCAACCAUUGGACUCAUGGACCAAGAGAAAUUCACAGCCAUCAUAUUAAGCUGUAAGAAUAAGAGCGACACUCCAAUGGGAAAAAAUGAGCCAAAAAAAGAAAAUCCAACAAACUGGUGUAGGAUAUGUAUGGUGUAAUGUGAUGUCACUUCCCCUACAAAAUGGCAUGUGUGAGUUAAGCCUGAGGUGUCUGGGCAUUUGAGGGUUCAGCUGAAUUAUCCCUCAGUAACACUCCAAAGGUCAUCCACUGCAGAAGAGAAAUGAAGUGAAUCAGAGACUGGAAAGACUGGUAGUUUGGUUUCCUUCCUUCCUCCAUUCAUUCAUUCAUUCAUUCAAUGUCAAAGCGCUGGUUUGUAAAGCCUAAUCAUGCAGAAUCACUGCGUACAUAUACCACACAUAGAAUGCUGAUGCUGAUGUCAGAAAGUAGAUAUACAACAUUACAGUAGUGGGAACUCAUUCAACCACUUGCUUUAGUAGAUUCAUUAGACUGAACAUUUUCUUCAGAAUAAACAGGAUCCAACAGGUAGACCAGUUCUAAGCUCUUACUUGGAAUUGUGCUUGAAAUCUGCCCUAGUGGUUCCUAUAAAUCUCCCUUUUCCCGUUUGGGAGUGUUUUAAGGCCACAUAUCAUUCUAUACGCAAAGAGGAAUAGAUUAUAUACUGUAGAUUAUAGAUGUAAUGUUGUAAAAAUGAGAGCACCAGAUGUAAACAAGAAGGAGAGACAUAUUUACUUUCAUUGAACUGAUGAACCCACCAAGGAGCAGAGAUGAGAUUCAAAAGAAACACAACCUACAUCCAGUUCUCCACAACCUGGAAAGAAUGGACAUGUUGAAAGAACGAUAGACUGUCUACAGAGUUGCUCCAAGCUUAUCAGGACUCAAAAAACGGGGAAAUAAAUUCAGUCCUCGCCAUAAUGCAUCUUAAAAAGAAAGUCGUAUCCUUUUGUGGCGAUGUCAUCUUCGAGAGCACCUGUAUCAUGAACUUUAUUUUUUUCAAGCUGUAUAUUUCACUUUUUAUCUGUGUUCGCCUUGACAAUCUGUCUCCUCGUGUACUUGAGUUGAAGUUUAAAAAUGAUGAGACUCAUAAAGAGCGAGGAGACAUAGACAUAAAAAAAAAGAUAAGGAUGUUAAAAUGAAUUAAAAUAUGACACUGUUGCAUUUAAUGCACAUUUCUGAACUAGAGUAACAUUCAAUUAAUAUGAAAUGUUAUAUCACGUCCGCCCUAUAAUCAAGGAAGAGAACGUACACUCCAUCUUUUCCUGUUUUAUGUUCCGAUUUGAAUUGUGCCUUUUCACUCAACAAAGACACAUCAUUAGGAUGCAGUCGAAGUAAGAAUGAAAACUCAAGAACUUCACUGGUGUUCAGAGUUCAUAAGGUUUUCUUGCCAAAAUUCCUACACGAGUGUAGUUCAGGUUGGUCCAGGUUUUAGUUGAUGGCAAUAUUAGUUGUUUUCUUGCACAGUCUCUUAAUCUUGCUGGUAAAUAGUGAUCGUGUGUUAGUGCUGUGCUGUGACUUUAAUUAAAAUGUCUAGAUGGCGUUUUAUUACAUUUCCUGCUUGUGAAAUAGUUUUUCACCGCUUGUGCAGAAAUGGCUUUCCAGCUUCAUAAAAUGUACAUAGGUAUCACGUCACAAUGUUCAUAAUUCUUAUAAGUGCAACCAAGACCCAGACUGGAUAAGGCUAGACAGCCGUGUUAUGAAUGUCAGCAUCAAUUGAAGAAGCAAGAAACAAAUUAAAAUGAUGUGAGUUUUAUGCCUUUUAUAGAGUUACUAAAGCAUAUAUUCAUUCACUGCAGGGUUUGAGUUUAUCUCCAAAUGUAUCACUCAAGUGCAAAGAUUUCUGUAAUUGGAAACAUAUCAUCAUAAUUAGUUGGAUCUGUACUAGAUAGUAAUGUCAGGCCGUUGGUAUUGAUGUGUAGGGCAGGCGGACUCUUGCCUGCAGCUCAGUUUGCCGUCUUAAAUUAUUUCUUCACUCUAUGGGUGUGGUCAAGAAAGUGACUGGUGCAGUGCCAAGUGCGGUCUUACCCAGGUGUGUGGGUGUGAUAGAAAAUCUUGGAACAGUCUGGCCUGCUCUGCCUCAUUGACUCCUCCUCACUGUUGCAUGGAAACCCUCUGCAGUCUUCGUGUUAAAGUGACAGUGGUUUCGUUUUUUUUUUUUCAUGUGUGUGUGAGACUUUUUUCUAGGCCAAAGGUUUAUUUUGCCUUACCGGCACAAGACUUUUUUUUUUCUAUGUUGCCUUUUCUUUUUGAUUUAUGUUAAUAUGCCUUUAAUGUUCUUUUUGGGGGAAAGUACAUGUUUACAUAUGUAUCUGGAACUCUAGAUUGCAUAUAUAAAUGCAUUAUCAGACAA